UAGUUGUCAUUCAUAAAUUCAUCCGUCAGAAUCACUCCUCAAAAUUCUUAGUGUAAAUCUUUACUAGACCUGCCGUAAUGUCCGAUUUGUUAAUUUUGAGGAAGCGGGUUAUCCAACUGGAAGUACAAAAUAGCAAAUUCAGGACUUUGCUCAAAUCGGCAGUAGAUUUGAUAGAAAACAAGGACAAAGUGGCAGGUAAUGACGUACAAGGAAGCCAAAUUUUAAAUCAAACUAUUGAAAGAUUGGAAAGAGAGAAGGCAUUCUUAGAGAAUGAACUUCACAACGUACUCGAGGUGGAGGGCCAAUCACCUGAACUGGUCGAACGGAUUAAGACUCUAGAAAAUGAGAAUCUAGACCUCAGGUCCCAACUGAGCGAUGUCUUGGUCAAAACGAAAUUGAUCGCAGGAAAUAUAAAGGAAGUUUCAAGUAAGAACGUAGAAUUAAAGAGCACCUUGGAUAACUUGGAGUCUGAGAGACAGAAAUUCGUGGAUGAACUGACCAGAUUACAUCAGAUGAGUGAGAAUUUACCCGAUCAACAAUUCUCCCAGGAAAGCUUGAAACUCCAUUUAAAAAUUUUGGACCUGGAUGAACGUAAGUCAAAAGUACAAAGGGAUAUGCAGAAACUGGCUUCUUCUGAUGUGACUAAGAAAGAAUCUUUCAGUCACAAGUCAGAUCAAUCUAGUGAAGAUUUGCAGUUUCCAACACCUAUUCAACCGCCCACUUUACCUUCAAAUGCCAGCAGCGAACUACCAACAUUCAAUUAUUUUACAAACUCCAGUCCAAUUACCGGAACUGUACCUGCUGCAAAUAGCAUAUUUUUAAACCAGCCACCACCAGCUGCUAUAACAACGGAAAUUCGAAGUUCAGCCGAUACCUUGAGUCAACAUGCUGAAUCUACAGCUCCUACGCCAAAACCAGAUAACAUUCAAGUACUUACAACUGAAACAUACGUAUUGGAAGACGAUGGAAAUGUUUAUCCACCGGCCCCACUUCUUCCACCAGCUCCAAAUCCAGUUUCUGACCAAACAUCAGCACCAGUUCAAGAAUCAAAUCCAACUCCAACUCCACCUCCAACUAUUGGUUAUUUAGCAGAUGCUGGUCCUCAACUUGGAGUACCCACACUCAUCAUUGAAAACGAUAUAUCCUCAGUUUACAACUCGGAACCGCAGCAAAUUCCCAGUCCGAUUUUCAACAACUUCUCAUUUUCACCACCACCGUCGGUACGUGCAAAUCCAAUAAACUCCGCAGUUCCAAGCGUAGAAGAGAAUGUCAUAUUCAACUCCUCGAACUUUGCCGCCAAGAGCGAGUCCGAAGCAAAGUUGGAGCAGAAAAUUGCCCAGUUCGAGGACAAAUUGAGGGACAACAUAACUAACUUGAAUCGGAGCGAUUCCACCGAAGGGGCGGCCAAAGCGGAUGAGCCGGCACAAGGUGAAGAACAGGAAGGCGGUGAGAAUAAAGAAAGUGGUUACGCCAGUUACUUGAACCCAAUGAAACUACCAAUUAUUAGAAAUUUGGGGGCCAUUACGCGGAGAAGCCAGAGCGAUGAAAAUUCACCAACAUCGAAUGAAGACAACAUCAAUGAUACCCAGAGUCCCGACUAGCUAAAUUAUUCAACGGUAGCAUACCCAUUGUGUUGGAUUCCCUGAAACAGCAUUAUUUCAUCGACAGGGAUGGUGGCAUGUUCAGGCAUAUUUUAAACUUUAUGCGCAAUUCACGACUACUCAUUCCCAACAAUUUCACCGAC